AGGUAUACAUCGGACACUAAGAGUAAUUUUAGUCCGUCUCAAACGCGACAGUGUUUGUUUGAUUCUGUAAAGUCUUACGUCUGUGUGUGUGUGCCGCCACGACAUGGCUGGGCAGCUGUACAUACGGAAUACGAGCGGGCGACUGUCUGCAUUUGUGCUGGAAGUAGGGUUUUUCCUAGCGGUUACGACAGCUCAAAAUGCGAUCACCCUUCCUGAUGAUGGCAUCACUCGAACCAACCUCGGUGACGACUCUAUUCUGGAGUAUGGGUAUACAACCGCGCCUGGUGUCACCGUGCGGUUUGAGGUCUGGAUAAAGAUGCCAUCAAGCGGGAUUGCCAACAAGGUCAACAAUGGAUCCUUUAACGUCUUUGCUGCUUGGCGAGGCAGGGUGGAACCUGUUGGGCAGGCCAGCUUGAAACUUUUCAGCGUGACCAAGGACGAUGCAGGACAGUACCAGCUCUCUACCACCUUCAGCGAUGGAACGUCAGACAGCAAAGAGAGGACCCUGAUCGUGCAGUAUGCUCCAGAGGACACGACAGUCACUGCUACCCCUGGCCUGAUAGCUAUGGAAGGUGACGCUCAGGUGGUGCUCACUUGUCAGUCAGGCAUCCCCGCACCUACCUACACCUGGACAGGUGACAACCUGCCUGCCGAUGCCGCACAGGAUCCAAACACAGGAGCCCUGACCAUCACCAACAUCCAGAGGAGCGCGGCAGGCCAGUACACCUGCACAGCUGACAACGGAGUCCCGCAGCUGCCUGGAGACAACCCUACAGCACUCACCAACAGUGUCGACGUUCAGGUCCAGUAUGGUCCUAGUUCUGCCACCAUCACAAGGGACCCAGCAGACAAGGUUGUGCAGUGGAACACUGUCACCCUCAGCUGUGCUGUGGACACCGCCAACCCUCCUGCCACCUACACCUGGACCAGAGUCAACGGAACCCUCCCACCAACACAGACGUGGACCAGAUCGCCGGCACACUGAGGCUGAGGUCUAUCCAGCCUGACGCUGUCG